CAAGUGUUUUUAUUUUUCAAUAUGGCCGGUCCAAUUGUUGAUAUCAAAAAGAAGUCGUAUACAUACAUUCCACCGACACCACCUGCAUAUCUUAUGGAAUCUACAUCAUAUACAUUAGACUUUACAGCACGUAAGUUUGUGCAUAUUGGUAUCGAUCCAACUGAUGAAUUUCAAACUGUUAUACAUUUAAUCACUUCAUCGAGACAUAUAAAAUUAACAACAGAUUUCCUAAGACGUAUAUUUGCUCUUAUCGGUAAUAUAUUAUCAUUUAUAUUAGAAACACCACGAACAAAUAAACGAAUAACUUUUCUCGAAACUGAUUUAUUUCUAAUAUCGAGUAUGGUGUACAAGGGUGAAAACAAUCUAGUUGUUGAAUGUAAAAAUAAAAGCGAAUGCAGAGUUUUAUUGAAUCGUGCAGAUUUGAUUGAGCUAAAUAAAUUAGAAUGGUGUAUUUCAAAAACUAUGAUUCAAAAAUCAAUCAUCCAAACCAUUCUUCUUAAUCAAAUCGAUGAGUAUUGCGAUUAUCUAGAAGAAACUAGUUUACAAGAUACCAAACCACCAAAUACUGAACAUGAAAUGGAAGUAUUCAUAAAGUUGGGUACACCUUUAGAAAACACAACUACAUCUCCUAACCUGACCUAUCAAAUCCAGAUGUAUGCACCUAUGCAGUUACUUAGAAUUUGGAUAGAUCGUAGAAGGGCACGAGACACACCUGAGUUAUUUACCGAAUCCGAAAUGAGACUCAUUUCACCUCCGAGAUAUUCGAGCUUGUCUCCAAUGGACCUUUCACAAGCAAGGGUGGUUGACGAGGAAUGCGGUAUCAAUGAAUUUUUAUCGCAAAUCAGUCCUACACAGGGACAGGGGGCAUGGACAUCAAUUCAGAAAACAAAAUCAAUGGUAAUGCUCACAUUUAACUUUUAUGAUAAAUAUAUAUUAACAUAAUAUUAUUUGUAUAGCAUACCAGUAUAUCCCCACCAACAGACGUAGACAAUCGUUGUAGACGUAAUUCGGACAAUGAUGCACAGUAUAGA